CUUCUACCUUUAAAACCAAUGAACCUGCUUCAUGUGACAACAUGAGGGUUUUAAAGUUUCAGUCCGGAUGAACUGAUAUUAUUCCUUACAGUUUAGGCUCAGCAGAGUUCCUGCCCCUCGAAGGUUUUCGCGGAUUUCCAUCAUGUUUCUUCAUGUUCUGCUCCUCCUCCAUGCCUCAAGAGGAGCCUUUUCCUCCAUCUCAUGUUAUAAUGAUCAAGGGAAACCUGUUGACUGGUAUUACUUGUACAAACUCCCACACGAGCAUCAUACACCUCUGGAGGAGGGACUGAAGUAUCUUUUCAUGGAUGUAGAGAGCGAAGGAUGGACAGAUGGGACGACUUUAGUUAAUGAUACCCAAAGUGCUGUUGGCAGAACAGUAGGGCCUUUAUAUGAGGGAGGUGAUGUUGGAUACAUCUUAUAUAAUGACCAGCCACCAAAACAAAAGCAGGUUGAAGGUGCAAGCAGGAGUUGUGGCCACACUAAAGGAGUUGUCGUCUUUGAUAAAGAGCAGGGCUUCUGGUUGGUCCACAGCACUCCUCAUUUCCCUCCUCCUAAAUCUGAGGGCCAGUUUUCUUACCCCACUUCAGGCAUAAGUAAUGGCCAGAACUUCAUCUGUGUCACAUAUCCGUUCGAGCGCUUUCAGACCAUAGGUGAGCAGCUGAAAAUCAAUCAGCCUCACAUCUUCGACUGCAGCAUCCCUGGUUCACUGGCCACUGCUGUUCCUGCCAUGGCUCAGCUCUGUAAACACACACUGGACAGAUGGGACAACACUUCCUCCUCCCCGUCCAAUCGCAGCAUCUCACUCCUCUCACUGGCUAAAACGGAGUUCAUCAGCUUUGCAAAAGGUGCAUCGUUUGCAAAUGACUUGUAUCACUCCUGGGUGGCUCCUACACUUCAGUCUAACCUGCUGGUUCAGUUCUGGCGUCGCUCCACCGGCAUCCUGCCCUCGGACUGCUCUCCAAACUGGGAAGUCCUCAACAUAGACCUCAUUUCCCCAGGGCAGAAGGUCACAUUUAAGGCCACAGAGGAUCAUUCGAAGUGGGCCGUCAGCUCCAGCUCUGGGACGUCUGGCGGCUGGGUCUGCGUUGGAGACAUCAACAGGGACGAGGCAGAGGAGAAGAGAGGUGGAGGUACGGUGUGCCGUCGGGAUGCUGUGGUGUGGAAGGCCUAUCGUUCUGCCGCCCUGCAGUGUGAGAGCUGCAGUGGAGAAGUGCAGACGUGCGAACAAGCCCAGCGCUUUCGCUGAACAAGCUGGACUCAGCAGAAAGAACAACACAAUCUCAGCAGUGCAGGUGUAGGUGUCAAACAGGUACGAUUAUGAGGUCAAACGCUUCUGCUAAUAUGUGAAGGAGUAUACAGGGUAAAUCCUUUUAAAGAACGCUCCAAUUCAGAAUAUCAGAAUAUCUUCUUUAGUGUUUAACUUCUUUAGUGGAGCCUUCUUAUAAAGGAAUACAGCACAGAACAAAUGAAAAUCCUUUAAAAACUCUCCACUUUUGUUUUUGGACAUUUUACAACUCCCCUAGAGUUUUUGAAUCAAUUCAGCUGAUCUCCGGUUCUGAUGGGGUAAAGUAUAGAUUAGAUAUGCAGCCGUCUGGAAGUGCGAUAUGCACAUUAAUAUAGCAGCAUUUUUUAUUGACCCUAUAUAAUAUUAAUUAAUAUUUUUACAGCACUGUGACUGUAGGGUUUAGGGUUAAGGUGGGAGUAGGCAUUAAAAAAAUACAAUUAAUUGGAUAAUUUAAUAGGUAAUAUAUAUUUACAAGUCUUUAUGAUUGAAUUACACUUCAAAAUGUAGUGUCAUUAAUAACUAUCAUGAACUAAUAGUAAUUACUAUAGUAUAUGUAUAUAUAUACUAUGGUAAUUUCUAUUAGUUCAUGAUAUUUAUUAAUAUAUAGCUCAUUAACAUAUAGCUUUAGCAUCAUGCUCAUAAAUGACUAAAGAGUUUUGAUAAUUUUAUUUUAAGCUUCAUCCUUCUGUAGUUACAAUGUCUACCAAGAAGAUUAACAGAAAUUAAAAAGUUCCCAUUGUGAUAAUCAAGUUAUAAUCGAGUAACUUUGCUUCCAUAUUGUUCCUGCAGCAGGCGCAAAUAUAUUAUCUACAGUAGUUUACCUACACUAUGAAAAAGCUGGGUUCCACACAAUUCCUUCAUGUUGUCCCAACACAGAUUGUUAACUUAAUAGUUUUAACAAAUGUUGGUUGCACAUAAAACACAGAAGAAUUGUGUUGUUUCAACCCAUUUUUAAAUAAGUAGUUUAAACAAGCAGCAAAAGUCAUUUUUUUUGAGUGUAUUACCUAGUUACCUAGCUAGGAGACUGCUAGGUGCUGCAUAAUAUAUCAAAAUGAUCAAUUCUUUUUUGAAAGCCAUUUUGAAGCAGGAUGCUAAUGGUCUAAUCCGAUUUAAUAGAUUAUGUUAUGAUUUAAUAGAUUUAUGCUAAGCUAAGCUAAAAAUCGAGAUUGGCUAAAUUGAUUAAAAAAUGGGAUUAACUCACUUGUUUUACUCUAGAGGCACUUCACUUCGCGAUCAAGCACCCCUACCCCCACCCUCCCUCUCUUUGUAUUUCGCGAUCAUACCCCCCACACCUCCCGACCCCCGGCUCUACAUUGAGCACCUCCCCUUGAAGGGUCUCUGCAUGGCACUGUCUAUGGGAGUAAAUUCAUGAUUAAUGAUUUCAGUUUAUUUUAUGUCUAAUAACUUCAGGUACAUUUGAUGUUAAUACAGCUCUGUUGCGUUUUUAAAAGAGGGUUUACUGAACUGUGCAUUUUGUUCAACCUCAGGCUAUUUAAGAUACACUGUAGGUUUUAUUUUUUUGUAUUAAAAUCAAUAAGAAUAUUUUCAGCUGAAAGCGUGGUCCUUGGGGAUUUCAUAAAAUGUGAGUCAAGUCACUUUUGUACUCCAAAAAAAAAUAAAUAAAUAAAAUAAAAAGAAUACAGGAAAAACUACAAUUAUACAUGUGACUCCUGACAAUUUUAUGAAGCAUAAUUAUCGGUCUGUGCAAGAAACUGAAGAUUAUUAGCUUUAAUUAUACAAGAUGUUCACUCUCCAGAGUAUCAUGAAGAGGACUGUUUACUGAGUCUGUGGUAAUAAUGUUAUAAUUUAAUGUUCAGUAUCUUACACAGCUAAUCAUUUUUCUUCAUAAGAUCUUAAUGUAUAUUCUGGAGGCCUGGGUAUUCAUUUAGUUCUGCCUAUAUAUAUUUUUUGUUUUUUUUCUCUCAUAGUGAUGAUUAUGUUGAUUUGAUGAAUGAAUGCAUUGAUUUAAGUUCAAGAUGAAUCUUCAAGAUGAAGGACUACAGCUUCAGCUAAAAAUCUACUUUAAUGUUCUUCUGAAGAACUGCUUUAGAAAUGUGUAUAUAUACGGUACACUUUUUUUCUUGCACUGAUUAAUUUUUUAUCAACAUGUCAAUUGUGGAGUGUAACAAGGUGAAAUGUGUAAUUGCUGCAGCAAUAAAACAAAAAUGCAAAAAUUAGUGUCUUUUUCACGCUAAUUUUGAUCUUUU